AUGGUUUCACAGAAAGUGACGGAGAGGAUCCGCAGGUUCGUGUGCGAUCAACUCCGGGACCGACCAGACCUGAGCACACUGACCUUGGGAAUUUUAAAGAAACGAUAUCUUGUGCUGGUGGGACUCGAAUCGCUAAGUCCAGAGGCCAGAAGUUACAUGAAGCAGGUGGUUCAAGAGGAACUGUUGAAAAUGCAGGAGGUUGAUGAAAAGGGAGUCGAGCCGGAGAUCGAGAAGCCCCACAACAAACGGAAGAGAGAAAAAGAAGAUGAUGAUGAGGAGAGUGGGAUAGAAGACGAAGAUGAAUCCACGGCAAAGAGAUCCCGUCGUCAGAUAAGUUCAGAAUCUGAGGAUAACGAGGGCCACAAAACAGGAAGUGAGGGGAGUGCAGAGGAAGAAAACAAGGAAUCUGGAUCUGAGGAUUCAGAGCAAGAGGUUGAAAAAUCAAAGCCAAAGAAAAAAGGAAACCGUAAACGUAAGAGGAAGGUUGAGGAGUCUCCAGUAGAGGACCUGAGUGAGUCGGGAGAGUCAGACACUGAAGGUCCAAAAGACAUUGAGAUAAAGAAAAAGAAUUCUACAAAGGACAAGCAAAGCAGCAGCAGUACACGUCCUGGAAAGAAAACACCACAGAGUGAUGAAGAGAAUGAAACUGACACAGAGAGAAAGUCGGAGACGAGUGACAAGAUCAACGAGUCCUCAGAUGAUAGUGAAAAAAAAGAAAAAGUCCCAUUGAAAAAAGAAAACAACCAAGACUCCGAUUCAUCGUCACUCACCUCUUUGGAUGAUGAUCAGGACACUGGGAGGGGGAAAAAAGAAGAUGAUAAGAAAAAGAAGAAAACUGUGAAAAAGGAUGAAAAGACCAGCGGACAAAAGGAUGACCACAAACAAGUUGUGAGGCUCAAGCGCUACAUUUCUCUCUGUGGUGUGAAGCGAAAUUACAAGAAGCUCCUCGAUGGCUGUAAAUCUGUGCGCUCCAUGGUGGCUGUUUUGAAGAAGGAUCUGGAGGAUCUUGGUGUCCAAGGACAACCAUCUAUUAAAAAAUGCAAAAGUGUAAAAAAGAAGAGAGAGCAGGCUCAGGAAGUAGCUGAGCUUGAUAUCAGCAACAUCAUUCCCACACCAGGUCGUCCAAAACGCAGAGUAGCCUCAUUGAGGCAGGAAGGAUACGACUCUCCGUCCUCUACGUAUAAGCGCAAUCUGAACUCCGCCUCUGAUAGUGAUGAAGAAAACGGAACACACAAAGGGCACAGACGAGCAACAGACUGGAGCAACCUGAAGGGGAUCAUCAGUGAUGAUGCAGACAGUGACUGAAAGGGUCACUUCCUGUUCCAAGGACAUUACGCUUUUCUCUGUAAAAGUUGUUUUUUGAUCUUUAUGAAUUACUUAGUUAUUGUUUUUAAUUGGGGGGCGACAUGGUGGUGCAGUGGUCACCAGCCUCCCAGCAAGAACGUUUGCCUUUGUGAGUUCUCCCUGUGUCUGAGUGGGUGUUCUGCUGGUACUUCAGCUUCCUAGCAGAGUCCAAACACAUGAUGACUGUUGUUAGGUGAAUAGAAGACUC